UCUUGUCUUCUUCCGUCUGUGAGCAGGAGGAGAGCGAAUCAUCUGCAGCAGCUCCAACAGUGGAGAAAAUACACAGCAGUAAUCAUGCCGAUGUUCAUGGUGAACACCAACGUGGCUAAAAGCGACGUCCCUGCGGCUCUGCUGUCCGAGGCCACGGAAGAAUUGGCCAAGGCGAUGGGCAAACCCGUGCAGUACAUUGCUGUGCACAUCAACCCUGACCAAAUGAUGAUGUUUGGAGGAAAGGGAGACCCCUGCGCCCUCUGCUCCCUCCACAGCAUCGGCAAGAUCAGCGGCGCUCACAACAAGCAGUAUUCAAAACUGCUGUGCGGCCUGCUCAACAAACACCUGAGCAUCUCUCCUGACAGGAUUUACAUUAACUUUGUGGACAUGGAUGCAGCCAAUGUGGCCUGGAACAAUACCACCUUUGGCUGACAUGGAGGUCAACUUUCUAAAGCAGAAGAUCAUUCCAGCUUUUUCCUACUUCAUAUAGUCAAAAGCGAUGCAGUGGAUAACAAAGGCGGUCAGAGGUUCAGAUUAGAACAGUCAGAAUACUGUGGAGCUUGUCCAAAAAGCACUUAACUUGACCCUUUGCACUAUUCCUUUUCCAUCCAAAAAUAAAUAAAAAAAAUUCUGGAUGAA